AUGCCAUCUGUGACUGUGAGGUGGGCCUGCGGUAUCCAACGCCUGUUUAUCAUUGUGCAUCUCACUGGCCUGUCCAAGGUCACCCCCUCUUCCCAGAAUGGAUUGCUCCAGGUACAUCAGAGGAUAGUCAGUUGGCUGUGGUCCCCCACUUUAUCCCCCUCCUCCCCUAUAAACACAACACUGUGCUGCUUUCCCACCAGUCUCCAAACAAACGCUCCAGCUCAUCUAUUUUUUAUCUUCUGACAGACGCAAUUAUUCUUUACACGCCGUGCUCGUUAAUCUUAAUGCCGUUAUUACUAUUCAUUGCCAGGCAUUUUUUUCUUCUGCCUCUUAUUUCAAUUGAGGAUCCUUCCAUGCUGGUCGGUCUGCUGACACUCACAGGCCAUUGGUCCAAUCAGAGCGGCCGACAGCAGAGUUAAUGAAUGCAAGAGGAGAGCCGGGGAGGGGACAAGGGCAGUAACUCAAUAUGUGACCUGUUGUAUCCAGUUAGCAGUGACAUUUGGUGUCAGGUAUCAGUUAUCCACAAUAACCAAUCAGUUAUUGGAAUGGGUGCCGAUGAUGUGUCAGUUGAAUAAUGUUAGAAACACAUGACACAUGUUAUGAUGCUGUUUUCAAUUUCACAAUUCAUAUGAAUGUUAUAGACAGAGGAAAUGCUAUACACUGUGUGUGUCACCAAUCUCUCUCUCUACUUCCUCUCUCUCUCCCAUGCACACACACACACACACACACACAUACACAUACACAUACACAUACACUUACACACACAUACACACACAUACUCAUGGGCAGACAUACUCACGGGCAGACAUACAGACACUAACAUACACAUCACUGCUCUUUCGGCUGAUGUCAACAGAAAUCCUCUAUACUAAUGGCUCAUUCUUCAUAUUUUGUUAUGAUUUGGCUUUUGUUUUUACUGUAAAGUCAGCAAGAGUAUAAAUUCCCAGCUGCUAAACAAGAUAGCUAUCAUUAUAGUUGUAAUGUGUCUGGACUCAGCUUCACUAGUGUAUUUUUGACAUUUAUUGUGUGUUUACAUAUAUUUUAGAGGCUAUUUCUACAGGAAAUUUGUUGAAAACCCAUAUGAACUAUAUUUAUGAUAAUAUAACAAUAUUUUAGGUUGACAAUAAUUCUAUUACACAAUUUCUGAUAUAGAGCAUCACAUGCCUUUGUUUUAGAGGAUUAUGCCUCUAAAAACAGUGACAGUUUCCAUGACUGCAUUGGCUCUCUAGAGCUACACCUCUCUCCUCAUCUCUCCUGAUCUCUCCUCAUCUCUCUUGGUCUCUCCUCAUCUCUCCUGGUCUUUCCUCAUCUCUCUUGGUCUCUCCUCAUCUCUCCUGGUCUUUCCUCAUCUCUCCUGGUCUCUCCUCAUCUCUCUCUCACUCUCCUGGUCUCUCCUCAUCUCUCCUGGUCUCUGCUCAUCUCUCCUGGUCUCUGCUCAUCUCUCCUGGUCUCUCCUCAUCUCUCUUGGUCUCUCCUUAUCUCUCAUGGUCUCUCCUCAUCUCUCCUGAUCUUUCCUCAUCUCUCUUGGUCUCCUCAUCUCUCCUGAUCUCCCCUCAUCUCUCCUGGUCUCUCUUCAUCUCUCCUGGUCUCUCCUCAUCUCUCUUGGUCUCUCCUUAUCUCUCAUGGUCUCUCCUCAUCUCUCCUGAUCUUUCCUCAUCUCUCUUGGUCUCCUGAUCUCCCCUCAUCUCUCCUGGUCUCUCCUCAUCUCUCCUGGUCUCUCCUCAUCUCUCCUGGUCUCUCCUCAUCUCUCCUGGUCUCUCCUCAUCUCUCCUGAUCUCUCCUGGUCUCUCCUGGUCUCUCCUCAUCUCUCCUGGUCUUUCCUCAUCUCUCCUGGUCUCUCCCUCAUCUCUACUCAUCUCUCUUGGUCUCUCCUCAUCUCUCCUGGUCUCUCCUCAUCUCUCCUGGUCUCUCCUCAUCUCUCCCUCAUCUCUCCUCAUCUCUCCCUCAUCUCUCCUCAUCUCUAUCCCUCACUCUCCCCCCUGUGUGAGUGUCUAUGACUCUGAGGCGGCGUUUGAACCUUGCUGUUUGUAGCUGUCGCUGUGAGAGGAGGAGCUUGGCCCUGUCGCCAGGAGCGUAGCCCUGAGACUGGCGCUCCAGGUGUUUGCUCUGCCUCCUCCCCUCUCUUUACUCACACUCCUCCCUCAGGAUCACCCAUCCCUCUCUCUCUCUCGCUCUCGCUCCAUCUCUCCUGAAUAACACAGUACCCUUCAUCUGAUCAGGGAGCUCACUUACUUUGUGUGAAGGUGCUGAUCUGAAUGCACUCGUGUGUGUGUGUGUGUGUGUGUGUGUGUGUUGAAUGUUUGUUGGGCCCUAGGCAGCGCAGAGAUCUGCAUCAGCUGAAACAUUGGGGCAACAGUGCAAGCUAGUGGUGACAAAAUACUACUGCAUGGUACAGGUUCAAGGACCAGGUACACAAAUUCCAUCAUGGCAUUGUGACUUCAUUGCAUAAUGAACAUUCUUGUAUUGAAGACUCCUUGGCCUGCGAGAUUGUAAGUGUAGUACAUAUUGAAGUCCGUUACUUAUUUCCUUUGGCUCCAUGGUUGUAAGAAUAGAGUGUUAUUGACCGCUGUGAGUUGACCCUAUUCUAUUAAAAUAAUAUUACUUUCCCCUUGUAUCUCUCUAUAUAUAUAUACAUUGGCAGACACCUGAGAGAGAGAGGCUUAUGGAGGCCUGUAAGGUAUUGAGGGGAUUUUUAUAAUAACUGUGCUGCUGAGUACAUUCCAUCAGAAGAUGAGGGAACUCGGAGAGCUAUGUGUGUGUGCUGUGUUUGUGGCGGUAUCGAAAAUGAAAGCUCCUUUGGGCAGGACGAGAUUAUGCACAAGUGAUUAAUAAGAGCAGUAAUAAACAAAGGCCCAGGAGAUGUUUGAGGUGCUUAAUAAUGCAUUAUGUUCAUAAAAGAGCUGGGCCUCUCCAAUGGAUCCCCGUAGAGCAGGAGACCCCAGAGGGACCGGCAGAGUGUGUGCUCAGAACAGAGAGGAAGUGUGGGUGGGCAUGUGAGUGUGUGUUCGGCGAGAGACAUAUACACUGCAUGACCAAAGGUAUGUGGACACCUGCUCGUCGAACAUCUCAUUCCAAAAUCAUUGGCAUUAAUAUGGAGUUGGUCCCCCCUUUGCUGCUAUAACAGCCUCCACUCUUCUGGGACGGCUUUCCACUAGAUGUUGGAACGUUGCUGCGGGGACUUGCUUCCAUUCAGCCACAAGAGCAUUAGUGAGGUCGAGCACUGAUGUUGGGCGAUGAGGCCUGGCUCGCAGUCGGUGUUCCAAUUCAUCCCAAAGGUGUUCGAUGGGGUUUCUGUUUGGACCUCGCUUUGUGCACGGGGGCAUUAUCAUACUGAAACAGGAAAGGGCCUUCCCAAAACUUUUGCCACAAAGUUGGAAGCACAUAAUCAUCUAGAAUGUCAUUGUAUGCUGUAUCAUUAAGAUUUCCCUUCACUGGAACUAAGGGGCCUAGCCAGAACCAUGAAAAACAGCCCCAGACCAUUAUUCCUCCUCCACCAAACUUUACAGUUGGCACUAUGCAUUCGGGCAGGUAGCGUUCAAUGGCGGUGAGCUUUACACCACUCCAGCCAACGCUUGGCAUUGUGCAUGGUGAUCUUAGGCUUGUGUGCAACUGCUUGGCCAUGGAAACUCAUUUCAUGAAGCUCCCAACGAACAGUUCUUGUGCUGGCGUUGCUUCUAGAGGUAGUUUGGAACUCGGUAGUAAGUGUUGCAAUCGCGGACAGACGAUUUUUACGCGCUACAUGCUUCAGCACUCGGCGGUCCUGUUCUGUGAGCUUGUGUGGCCAACCACUAUGUGGCUGAGCUGUUGUUGCUCCUAGACGUUUCCACUUCACAAUAACAGCACUUACAGUUGACCCGGGCAGCUCUAGCAGGGCAGAAAUUUGAUGAACUGACUUGUUGGAAAGGUGGCAUCCUAUGAUGGUGCUACGUUGAAAGUCACUGAGGUCUUCAGUAAGGCCAUUCUACUGCCGAUGUUUGUCUAUGGAGAUUGCAUGGCUGUGUGCUCGAUUUUAUAUGACUGUCUGCAACGGGUGUGGCUGAAAUAGUCUAAUCCACUAUUUUGAAGGGGUGUCCACAUACUUUUGUAUGUAUAGUGUGUGUAUAUAAUGGUACGACUGACACUCAAGCUCUGAAGUCUACAUGACUUCAGUUUUUGUGUUUUUUCAUAAUUUUUUGUGAUUGUUCACUUAACAGUUAUUUUGUUAUUGCUUAUUGGUUUUGUAAUGAAAAAAGAAAAUAUGAAUGCUAACUCUACCAAUUAAAGUGGUACGGUUAGUUUUUUGUUUAUGUAUAUUUCUAAGAGCGUCUUUUGACAUUGUUGUAGAGACGCUGGUUAUUGAUGUAAUGCCAUCUAUGUCCUUCAGUCUGCCAGACAAAGGCAUGUGUGGAACACAUACAGCAGAGCAUGUUAAAGAGUGUCUCUUUCAGCUUGUCUGUCAGUGAAAGACUAUUCUUUCACCAUUACUUUCUCUCUCGCUCUCUUUCUGUUUCUUUAUCUUUCACUCCUUCACUCUCUCUUGUUCUGUUCUCUGAAUAUCAAGUGCGUAUUACUGAAAAGACAGCACAGAAACCUAUUGUUUUUACUGUAGAUUUUUGUAUUUUUAUAUAGGUUGUCAAAGUUAAUAUUUUGUUAAAUGGUUUUAUUGUAGCUACAAAAAUCAAUAUAAUCUAUGUUGAAACAAGGAAAGAUAUUAAAUAAUUGUACCUUGUGAGUGGAAGGUUUGCAGUUGUUAAAAGAAUAGAUUACUUUGUAAAGACUAUUAGACUUUAGUCAAUAAAAGUGUCCCCACACGGCUGCUUUGGAUGCAGACUCCCAUACUCUAUAAGUAUAAUUUUUUGUUACUUUUGAUUUAAUUAAGAAAAGCUAACCUUUUUCAAAGGUAGCCAUUUUGAUGGUGCACUUUGUCUUUGAAGGUUGAACAAAGGACUAACAGAUCAGUCAACCUAGUUUCGGUCCAUGACAAUACACUCUUCAUUUACAGUGUUACAGUUUUUUGCAACAGCAGGAAAUAAUGUUUUUGGACCUUGAAGACCACUCAUAGAGAAAAAACAAAACAAAAAACAAGACUGUUUUGAAUGAAAAUAAAAAAACCUUGAAGCACAGCCUUAUAAAUUAAUUUGUUCGUGUUGUAUGAUGGGAACACAGCUGGCCUCAUUAACACGCGCACAACAAAUAAUUAUAGUUUUUUUUCCUCUCUCCAGCCAGCCAAUGCUUGGCUAAUGGGCUUGCUGGGUUAAUUAUGUCAGAGCGUAAUUACACAGGGCCCAGGGAGACGUAGUGGUGCACCACGCUGAGCCCACACCGCCUAAUGAUGGUGUAUUGCUGACAGGGCCAAGAUGGACCGCCCCAACACACCUGCUUGUCUUGGCUCACGCCACCCUCGUCCACUCCCACUCACCACCACCGCCCACCCAUACACACGUUUGGGACCUGUCUGUCCCAUUGUCCCACCAGACACAGUCUCUAUGUGGACAGAAACACAGUGGACCCUGGCCUAGUCUGGUCUACACUACUGUUCAAAAGUUUGGGGUCACUUAGAAAUGUCCUUCUUUUCGAAAGAAAAGCUAUUUUCUUGUCCAUUAAAAUAACAUCAAAUUGAUCAGAAAUACAGUGUAGACAUUGUUAAUGUUGUAAAUGGCUAUUGUAGCUGGAAACUGCUGAUUUUUAAUGGAACACAUACAUAGGCGUACAGAGGCCCAUUAUCAGCAACCAUCAGUUCUGUGUUCCAAUGGCACAUUGUGUUUGCUAAUCCAAGUUUAUCAUUUUAAAAGGCUAAUUGAUCAUUAGAAAACCCUUUUGCAAUUAUGUUAGCACAGCUGAAAACUGUCGUACUGAUUAAAGAAACAAUAAAACUGGCCUUCUUGAGACUAGUUGAGUAUCUGGAGCAUUAGCAAUUGUGGGUUCGAUUACAGAAUCAAAAUGGCCAGAAACAAAUAACUUUCUUCUGAAACUCGUCAGUCUAUUCUUGUUCUGAGAAAUGAAGGCUAUUCCACGCGAGAAAUUGCCAAGAAACUGAAGAUCUCGUACAACGCUGUGUACUACUCCCUUCACAGAACAGCGCAAACUGGCUCUAACCAGAAUAGAAAGAGGAGUGGGAGGCCCCGGUGCACAACUGAGCAAGAGGACAAAUACAUUAGAGUGUCUAGUUUGAGAAACAGACGCCUCACAGGUCCUCAACUGGCAGCUUCAUUAAAUAGUACCCGCAAAACACCUGUCUCAACGUCAACAGUGAAGAGGCGACUCCGGGAUGCUGACCUUCUAGGCAGAGUUGCAAAGAAAAAGCCAUAUCUCAGACUGGCCAAUAAAAAUAAAAGAUUAAGAUGGGCAAAAGAACACAGACACUGGACAGAGGAAGAUUGGAAAAAAGUGUUAUGGACAGACGAAUCGAAGUUUGAGGUGUUCAGAUCACAAAGAAGAACAUUUGUGAGACGCAGACCAAAUGAAAAGAUGCUGGAGGAGUGCUUGAUGCCAUCUGUCAAGCAUGGUGGAGGCAAUGUGAUUGUCUGGGGGUGCUUUGGUGGUGGUAAAGUGGAAGAUUUGUACAGGGUAAAAGGGAUCUUGAUGAAGGAAGGCUAUCACUCCAUUUUGCAACGCCAUGCCAUACCCUGUGGACGGUGCUUGAUUGGAGCCAAUUUCCUCCUACAACAGGACAAUGACCCAAAGCACAGCUCCAAACUAUGCAAUAACUAUUUAGGGAAGAAGCAGUCAGCUGGUAUUCUGUCUAUAAUGGAGUGGCCAGCACAGUCACCGGAUCUCAACCCUAUUGAGCUGUUGUGGGAGCAGCUUGACCGUAUGGUACGUAAGAAGUGCCCAUCAUGCCAAUCCAACUUGUGGGAGGUGCUUUAGGAAGCAUGGGGUGAAAUCUCUUUAGAUUACCUCAACAAAUUGACAACUAGAAUGCCAAAGGUCUGCAAGGCUGUAAUUGCUGCAAAUGGAGGAUUCUUUGACGAAAGCAAAGUUUGAAGGACACAAUUAUUAUUUAUAUUAAAAAUAAUUAUUUCAAACCUUAUCAAUGACUACAUUUCCUAUGCAUUUUGCUAUAUUUCCUAUUCAAAGUCAUUUCAUGUAUGUUUUCAUGGAAAACAAGGACAUUUCUAAGUGACCCCAAACUUUUGAACGGUAGUGUAUAUCCAACUCCAUAGGAGUUAGCUAUCCAGCACAAACAGAUCUGUGGUGACCAUGCUAGCCCUGGCCUGUUUACCCUGGGCUGUCAAAGAGCUGCCCCCUGCUGUGGGAUGAGCAGUAGCAGAGUAAUAACAGACCAGCGGCUGCUAGGAACCAGCCAUGGAAGCUCAUUAUCUCAUCUGUAACACUGAUGCAAACUCAGCUUACAGUGUAAACAAUGUAGAUCAUGAGACCACACACACAUAGAUUUCUAUGAUAGCUUACACAAUAACACCAAACCAGGUAGAACUUUUUAAAGAACUGUGUUUAAGUUCAAAUGAUUCCAGGAUCCUGAAUGCCAACUUUGCUGGUAUACUGUGAGGACAGCAGGUGUGUGUGUGUCCGGAAUGACCUCUGAACCUCCUCCUCCUCAUAACAUUCUGUUCAUCCCCACCAUCUCAGAGUCACUGUGAUUCAUGUGGUAAUGAAUCAUACUUCACUGGAGAACAUGAUGUAUUAAUGUGCUAUGAUUUAUGACCCUCAAUGAGGUGCUGUUAUGCUAUCUGUUAUCAUGACCUCAGGGCAGACGUCCAAUCAGCCAUCAUUAAGAUAAGGGCUGAAUUACAAAAUGAACUGUAUUUGCAUAGAUAACGAUAUGACUGACUUCUGUACAUAAUGGUGGGUCAGUCAUGGUUCACUUCAUGAUUGGGAUUAAGUCAUUCUAGGUAUAAUGGCAGGAUAGUGUAAAAUUCCAUUCAAGUAUUCAAUAUUCCUUUUAUAGUAAAGAUUUACAGUUAGAGAUUUGCUCUUAAAAGAAUAUCCAGCACUGCAUAUUAGCAACUUCAAUUAGUAGCCCAGUUCUCUUUAGUUAUCAGCAGUCUUCUUUGACUCUGCCACAAAUUAUUACCCAUCUUUCAGAGCUACACACUGGCCCCUCUGAGAGUUACCCCUGCUGCUAUCCUCUUUGACUGGGUUAAUUUUGUAUACAGAUCUACCAUAUACACUAUAUAUACAAAAGUAUGUGGACACCCCUUCAAAUUAGUGGAUUCGGCUAUUUCAGCCACACCCGUUGCUGACAGGUGUAUAAAAUAUAGCACACAGCCAUGCAAUGUCCAUAGACAAACAUUGGCAGUAGAAUGGCCUUACUGAAGAGCUCAGUGACUUUCAACGUGGCACCAUCAUAGGAUGCCACCUUUCCAACAAGUCAGUUCGUCAAAUGUCUGCCCUGCUAGAGCUGCCCGGGUCAACUGUAAGUGCUGUUAUUGUGAAGUGGAAACGUCUAGGAGCAACAAUGGCUCAGCCGCGAAGUGGUAGGCCACACAAGCUCACAGAACAGGACCGCUGAAGCCCGUAAAAAUCGUCUGUCCUCGAUUGCAACACUCACUACCUGAGUUCCAAACUGCCUCUGCAAGCAACAUCAGAGAGUAGAGUAGAGUAUUACUUUAUUAAUCCCAACUUGGGAAAUAGUUUUUUAUCACAGCAUGCAUCAUUAAUGACUUACAAUGACAGGACAACCAACAAUAACCAACCCAUGAUAAAAAUAAGAAGAAGAAGAAGAAAAAACAUAUUAAGACACAUAAAGGCACAUGCAGAAACCAUAGUAUCCCUAAAAGAAUAGUCUGAUUCAAGUGCUGUUUUCUAUCCUACUCUGGGGGGAAACACGCAACAACAUUUUCCAAUAGAAAGACCUCAUAAAACAGUUAAUCAAUUACACUCAUUUAGGGCUGUCACCGUAUAUAUUUUUCCAUAUAUAGACACACCCUAUGUGUUUUAAUAAAAUCAACUAUAUGCAUUGAGCUAGUUUACGGUUUGAUGAAAUAAGACAAAUGCCUCACCAGGGUGCCAGAGAUCCAGAUAACCAGAAGAAAAAAACCUUAACCUGACCCAACUAUUCUCCUCCCGCUCCUGCUGGCUUUCGCAGAUUCUACCAUUACUCUCCCGAAGAAGACGGUAAUAGGCUACACGAGGAGUUAGCAACAUUUCUCAUGUUGAAUGCCAAUGUAUCUUAACAUGUCUACCGAUCUGCGUGCCAGUUAUGGUUUUCAUAUGCACAUUUUCGGGAAACAGUUUAAUUUAAUUUAUAAUAAUGUCUUCACAUCUCAAUCAUUGUCAUGUGGUUAAUCAAAAUUAUAUCCAAAUCUAAAUGAAAACUAUACAAACCUAAAAAGUAACUUCUAUUGCCAUUGCCAACUAUGUAAAAAUAGCCUACAUAAAGCCAACAAAUAAAAACAUUGCAGCCUGCAGGUAGAAAAUAUCCUGAUAAAAAUAAAUAUCCUAUAAAUCACAUUAGCUACACAUGGCCUGUCUGCAACGAAUUUGAAACAUUGUAUCAACUAUUAAGUUGGAUCCAGCCCCGAAGCUUGCGCUAGCGAACUUCUAACAUUGUAUAAAAUAUUCUGGGCCCUCAGUUUACCCGCCGGUGAGCUCCGCUGUAGGCUAUUUGCGCAAGGGAUUAGAAGCGGAGCUGAGUACCGGCACCUCAAAUGUUCUACUGCUUGAGCUUCUGUUCAUCUUAUAGAAUAUUAGCUCAAAAGUAUUGUGGAGCUCCUGCACCUAAUUAUAAACAGUAGCAGCACCCAACAUGAGUACCGGAACCUAUUUCAGUCCAUGUCAAGCACUGAUAAGAAGUAAUCAGGUGGGCCUAUUUUAUGACGUUUCCACUGGAUCAGAGCAUGGCAUUUUUCGCUUUCAUGCUGAGUGGUUAUCUAAAGGGAGAGAGCUGGAAAGAUUUUUCAGGGAGCCUAUAGGCCUACAUCUAUGCGUGCGCGUCCUUACUCAACAUUGACAGGAGCGCUCCAAACAAAAGACAAUGACUAAAUUGACAAAACUAAUAAACCAAAACUUGUUUCUCACAAGUGUAGCACAGGUUGUGCACUCUGUAAACAAUGUGUCCACUCAGACAAUGAGAACGGGAAGACUGGAAUACUAAUAUUGAAUGCAUUAAAAUAAUUACCGUGACCAAAGUAACAAACAUUGUAGAUUAGAAAUUAUAGGAAUUAACGGUAAAUGUACUACUGGUGAUAUAUGUAAUGGGGAAUUGAUAUACACUAACAAUCAAGCGCAAACAAUUCACACAAUGAAGUUAUGAAACAAUGAAUGUGCACAAAUUGACGGGAGAGAGCGCAUUCUGGAGAGAGAAGUGCAUUCUGCAUCUAGGUGCAUGGUCAAUCUGACAUCUGCAUUGGCCAUGCAGCAUUUACGGUGAUAUGGCCUCAGCAGAAGUCAGGGCAUUCAUACUUCUUGCGCUUCACGGAGCAGUGCAGAGCUGUUGUCAAGGAAGUGAGUUUGUGUUUAUACAGGAUGUACCACCCCCACCUACCAUCAACCAAUCAUGUCAAUGCAGAGCUAUACAGAGCCCUCAUCAUUGUUACAAAAUUUGGGAGGUGCAUGGUGAUGCGGUACAGAGCUCGAUUUUGCCUCUGCAUGCCUCUGGAGGCUCCGCAAUUGCCUCACACCCUCCAUAUGGAGCCUCCGACCACAUUUUCGGAUCAAGCAUAAAUUGGCUUUUAGUUUAGGCCUUUGCAAUGGAUGAAUUCACUGAGAUGGGCACAUAUAUACUGCUCGACUAAAACAAUCAACAGCCUAAUGAUUAAACAAUCGUCCAGUCGACUAAUUGGGGUCAGCCCUACACUCAUUAAAAAGCCUCAUGGCUGUGGGUAAAAAUGACUGCCUAAACCUCUCAGUGGUUUAGACAGGAUGAACCUGCUACUGAAGCUGCUCCUGUGUUGCAUUAGAGUGCUGUGGAGUGGUCAGCACAAUAACUGUUCAUAGGGAGCUUCAUGAAAUGGGUUUCCAUGGCCGAGCAGCCGCACACAAGCCUAAGAGUGGUGUAAAGCUCGCCGCCAUUGGACUCUGGAGCAGUGGAAACGCGUGCUCUGGAGUGAUGAAUCACACUUCACCAUCUGGCAGUCCGACAGACAAAUCUGGGUUUGGCGGAUGCCAGGAGAACGCUACCUGCCCGAAUGCAUAGUGCCAACUGUACAUUUUGGUGGAGGAGGAAUAAUAGUCUGGGGUUGUUUUUCAUGGUUUGGGCUAGGCCCCAUAGUUCCAGUGAAGGGAAAUCUUGAUGAUUCUGUGCUUCCAACUUUGUGGCAACAGUUUGGGGAAGGCCCUUUCCUGUUUCAGCAUGACAAUGCCCCCAUGCACAAAGCGAGGUCCAUACAGAAAUCGUUUGUUGAGAUCGGUGUGGAAGAACUUGACUGGCCUGCACAGAGCCCUGACCUCAACCCCAUCGAACACCUUUGGGAUGAAUUGGAACGCCAACUGCAAGCCAGGCCUAAUCGCCCAACAUCAGUACCCGACCUCACAAAUGCUCUUGUGGCUGAAUGGAAGCAAGUCCCCACAGCUAUGUUCCAACAUCUAGUGGAAAGCCUUCCCAGAAGAGUGGAGGCUGUUAUAGCAGCAAAGGGGGGACCAACUCCAUAUUAAUGCCCAUGAUUUUGGAAUGAGAUGUUCGACGUGCAGGUGUCCACAAACUUUUGGUCAUGUAGUGUAUCUACCUUCACUUUAAAUUUGACUUAGCCACUGAUCGAUAAUCCCUGCUUGUCCACGUGUGAGAGAUCCCUUACCGUAAUCUCUGCACUUUGAUAAUGGAAAGUUAAAAGGAUAUAUGGAAAGAGGCUGAUAAAGGGAUUUCUAUGACAGUGGGUUGAUGUGAAGAGCACUGUUUUAAGUCAUCCUGUUUGUCUAAGAAGAGCUCUUCUCUUAAGUGUGAUGUCCCAUGUGACUGAUGCAAUAUCUCCAGUGUUGGUGUAACAGUGAACACAGACACACAGGAGGCUCAUUUGACUGUAAACGGUCCUGGGGAAAAAUAGUUCAAUCAAUUAUCUCUGACCAAGUGUUUCUGAUGAAACUUCAGAUAUGUCAAGUGGCUAUGGAAGUCUUUCAGUAAAUUGCUUAUUUAAACUUGUGCGUCUCUGAUAAGUGUUUGUGCGUGUGACUGUUGUGUUUCUGUGGCCUGUUUAGACUUGGCUGUCUAGUCUCAGUGGUGUCUGUUGAAGUGUAAACGUCUGUGGUUAGGCUCUCUGAAAAGUCAGUUCAGUCUGUGCCCAUGCUAUAAAAGGAUACGAUUGUGAUCCACACAGCAGCAGAAAGAUGAACGGAUGAAAGCUGUGGGAGAAAAGUUUGUGCAGAAAAGCAGCGAUUUUCCCUCCUCUUUUGGAGUUUUGAAGGGCUGGUGUAUGUGUCUCUAUAUCCUCCCUUCCUCCUUGUCAGACGGCUCCCCUGAGCCCCUCUCUCUGUGCUUUGGCACUAGAAGUCACCUCCUUUGGUGUGCGGCAGGCAGGUACACAACAGGAGCAGCUCUCCCUCUCAGAGCUGUUGAACUUUUCGGGAGGGGAAGAAAGGGAAGGAGAAGAUUAAAAACAGCCCUGUGAUGUGGAGUGCCGAGCCGCCUCCUGAGAAUUCCUGGCAUAAUAAUUUAAAUGAUCAAAUGAUACAGAGGAGACUUGUUAGCAGAGAAACCGACUCCUAGUUGGCCCCAUGGGCCCAGCGCUGCUGCACAUGCAUUGCAAAGCAGCUCCUCUGUUGUGCUAAAGAAUCCAGCUUCUUUUUUUUCUGUUCUUUUCAGGAGCAGACUUUUUUUCCACACUUUGUUGGAUUUGUUUAGGUGUAUACUCGGGACUAAAGUGCGUGUCAUAUUCUACUGAAAUCUAUGCUGCUUACUUUUUAAUGAAUUUAUAGGUGAUGCUCUCCAUUGGAUUUGAUCUCAGUAGUUUAGUCUAUUCAUGUCAUUAGGCCCAGCCUGUGAGAUUUUCAAAGGCAUCUCAUUUGAGUGAAUUCCAGAGACACUCUUGGGAACAAUUUCUCAGUGGGAUUCUCAGUCUCCUACUGUUGAUACUGCUGUGCAGGAGAGCAUAUGAUGUACUGUCCUGUACUGUCUCAUGCAGGAUAUGGGAUAGUAGAUAUCUUUUUUUAUAUAGGCUAUUUAAAAAGUUACAUUUUAAACAUCCUGACAUCAGUUGUAUAAUAGGAUAAGUAUUUUGACAGCAGCAACAGCAUAAUUGUGAUAUGUCAUUAUAUUUGAUCAAAUAGAUGGUCAAUGAAAUUCACUUGACUGAAGUGUUGAACUUUUAACUUUCCUAAUAAUGUAACCCACUUCAGCAUCCAAAGCCAUUUUUACAUCAUGUUCAGAUGUACAAGCUCUUGAAUUAUCUCUCAAUAUUAUUUGUGAGUGGCUGUUUUGUGUGGAAUGGGUCAUAGAAAAAUAUCUUGUGUGUUUUUGCUCUCAGACCCAGCUCCCGUGCUGGAGGCCACACACACCCUGGAGGAGAGGCUGCAGCAGCUGCAGAGUUCGGCCCCAGACAGUGAGGCCCUGGUCAGGGAGAUCAGCAGGCACUGGAGGAGACACCUGGAGUGCCUUGACAAGCCAGGUCAGAGCCACAGCCCUCACAGCUCUCACCCCAGAACGGGGCCAGGCCCAGCUCACUGCUGCUUAAUUGUUAAAACAUUUCAAUCUCAGAGAAAAACAUCUAAGAAAGUCACUUUGAUCUACAAAAAUACACUUUAAGCCACAAAAGCAGGGGUUUGAACAGAAAUUACUUUGCAAUUGUUUAGUUCUGAACAGAACACAUUUUUUUUGUCGUUUUGUUCCACUGUUCCGACAUCUUACCUUUUUGUAGUUAAUACAGUGCAUUCGGGAAGUAUUCAGACCCCUUCCCUUUUCCCACAUUUUGUUAUGUUACAGCCUUAUUCUAAAAUUGAUUAAAUUCAUUUUUUCCCCAUCAAUCUACACACAAUACCCCAUAUGACAACGCGAAAACAGGUUUUUAUAUAUUUUUUCAAAUAUAUUAAAAUAAAAAACAGAAAUACCUUACAUUUACAUAAGUAUUCAGACCCUUUGCUAUGAGACUCGAAAUUGAGCUCACGUGUAUCCUGUUUCCAUUGAUCAUCCUUGAGAUGUUUCUACAACUUGAUUGGAGUCCACCUGUGGUAAAUUCAAUUAAUUGGACAUGAUUUGGAAAGGCACACACCUGUCUAUAUAAGGUCCCACAGUUGACAGUACAUGUCAGAGCAAAAACCAAGCCAUGAGGUAGAAGGAACUGUCCGUAGAGCCCCGAGACAGGAUUGUGUUGAAACACAUCUGGGGAAGGGUACCAAAAAUUAUCUGCAGCAUUGAAGGUCCCCAAGAACACAGUGGCCUCCAUCAUUCUUAAAUGGAAGAAGUUUGGAACCACCAAGACUCUUCCUAGAGCUGGCUGCCCGGCCAAACUGAGCAAUCGGGAGAAGGGCCUUGGUCAGGGAGGUGACCGAGAACCCGAUGGUUACUCUGACAGAGCUCCAGAGUUCCUCUGUGGAGAUGAGAGAUCCUUCCAGAAAGACAACCUUCUCUGCAGCACUCCACUAAUCAGGCCUUUAUGGUAGAGUGGCCAGACGAAAGCCACUCCUCAGUAAAAGGCACAUGACAGCCCGCUUGGAGUUUUACCAAAAGGCACCUAAAGGACCCUCAGACCAUGAGAAACAAGAUUCUCUGGUCUGAUGAAACCAAGAUUGAACUCUUUGGCCUGAAUGCCUAGCAUCACGUCUGGAGGAAACCUGGCACCAUCCCUACGGUGACGCAUGGUGGUGGUAGCAUCAUGCUGUGGGGAUUUUGUUUUACCUGCAGGGACUGGGAGACUAGUCAGGAUUGAAGGAAAGAUGAACGAAGCAAAGUAAAGAGAGAUCCUUGAUGAAAACCUGCUCCAAAGCUCUCAGGACCUCAGACUGGGGCGAAGGUUCACCUUCCAACAGGACAAUGACCCUAAGCACACAGCCAAGACAACGCAGGAGUGGCUUCAGGACAAGUCUCUGAAUGUCCUUUAGUGGCCCAGCCAGAGCCUGGACUUGAACCCAAUCAAACAUCACUGGAGAGACUUGAAUAUAGCUGUGCAGCGACGCUCCCCAUGCAACCUGACAGAGCUUGAGAGGAUAUGCAGAGAAGAAUGGGAGAAACUCCCCAAAUACAGGUGUGCCAAGCUUGUAGCGUCAUAACCUAGAAGACUUCAACAAAGUACAGAGUAAAGUGUCUGAAAACAUAUAAAUGUGAUUUCAGUCUAAAAACCUGUUGCUUUGUCAUUAUGGGGUAUUGUGUGUAGAUUGAUGAGGAAAAAAACACUUUAAUCAAUUUUAGAAUAAGGCUGUAACGUAACAAAAUGUGGAAAAAGUCAAGGGGUUUGAAUACUUUCCGAAUGCACUGUAAAUCCAAUGUGAAACGUGAUAGCUGUAGUAUCCUUAACUAGCAUUGAAAAAGAUAAUCCUUUCUUCUCUAAUAAAAAAUCUCUCCCUAAUUUCUGAAUCACGCUUGUAACAUCAGUGGGCUACAGUAGCCUACACACGCACACCCACUGGUAAAGAUGUUCAGCUGGCAGGCAGACACUGGUAUACGUUUCUGUGUGACAGAGUGAGAGAUUUGCGUAGGCGCUUUGUUGCAUUUUUCUUUUGUGGGACUGGAAAAAAAUCCCCACAACGUAAAAAAACCCUGUUAUUAACAGGUUCCCACGCUUUUAAAAUAACGGUUCCGGAACAGUAUAGCUCACUUUCGUUCCUGAUUUUGAUUCUGGUCCUUGAAAAAUGGCUUUCUUUUCCGUUUUUCGGUUCUGUUCCCUGAACCUUUUCCAACCCCAGCACACAAGGAUGUCUCUGUUCCAUGCACUCUCUCUGUGGCCCCUCACCUCAGAUGACCACAGCUCUCAUAUGUACUCCUCUCCCUCUCUUCUCCGCUCUUCUCCACAGACGACACAGAAGAAGGCCCAGCAGCAGUCUCAGGAGCUGGGGAGGCAUCGAGCCGGACAGCCUGCGUGAUGACUCCCAACAGCAAACAGGCCUUCAGAGCCACAGGCUCACCUCAGCAGAACCACCAGAUCCAGAGCCAGACAGAGGGGUGAGAAACACAGGCCUGGUCCUCGCCUCCUUCACACCCCUGUGAACAUGAUAUGAUGUGUAUAAUCAAAACAAAAAUUAGAACAGCCCUCACCCCGUCAUACUGUACAAUGAAAAUAGAUCAGGAUGUAAUCACAUUUAAACCUUAAACUAAUAAGUGGAAACAGAAUGCAAUGCAGUAUUGUGUGCUGUAUUCCUGAGAGUCUAUGAAAGUUUGGUCAUUACAUUUACAUUUACGUCAUUUAGCAGAUCUUAGACAUUGUGUCUCUCUCAUAGGGAGGUCGAAGACACAGAUGCCACUCUGGCCGACAGACUGGGUGAAGCCGAGGAGAGGAUCAAAGUGCUGCAUUCAUGUGAGUAUUUUUGUCCGAUGGUCCUUUUUGGACACUGUGAGGAGAAAGGACAUCAUGACUAAUGCCCUUCCUUUAUCUCUCUAGCUCUGAGUACAGCCCAGACAGACCUGCUGGACCUGCGGUGUAAAUACGACCAGGAGAAGGCCAACAAGUAAGAGCCUGCUUGUUUCUCCACUCUAUCGCUGUUCAAGUAACCAACUCAGCCUAUGUCCAUAUUGUCCUCUAUGCUGCUUCUCUAACAUGUUCAUUGCCAUCAUUCACUCUACUCAUGGUCUCUCCAUAUACACUACUGCAUGUCCCUACUCAGCCCACCUAUACAUACACCACUAUGCUCAGCCUUCUCUCUUUAGCCAUGCUGUCUCUACCCUAAUCCACACAUGGUCACUCCCCCACUGUAAUGUACCCAUUUCCAGUCUGAAUGUAGUUGAUGAUCCCUGAUUAAGGAAUAGGGAGCCAUUUGGGACGUUACCAUGGUGAGACUCACUGACUAAUGCAGGUCUAUGGAUGGGAGAGCUCUGUGUUGGCCUCCUCUGUCUGGCAGCCAGAGCCUUGCCUUGACAGGCCUCAAGAAGAAUGGCUCCAUUUAAAGAUUGCUCCAGAAAACAUUCUACCAUGUCCUGGAUCUGUGAGCGCUAUGUAUCCAGCUCAACGGUUGAAAUGAAUAUGAAGUUGUAUGAAGGAUGUCGAUAGACAUUAAAAGUAAACACUCCUUUGUUUGGGUUGUGCUGCGAACGGAGCACAGUGAGCCGGCGCUAAUGGAUUUUCUCCCAGGCUUAAUCCAUGGUGGAAUUGAACUGGAGUUUCCAGACCCACUGCCAUCCAUUCUGCUGGAUUUAAAGCAUUUUCCAUUUGACUCCCCUCUCAUGUUCAGUAGCUGUUCACAGUGAAAGCUCUUUAGCUCUCUGUGAGGGGAGAGGAAGGAUGGUUGUGUGUUGGUGUUCGGGCCACAGGGCCUGUGCUUCAUUUGUGAAUGGCUGGGUUUGUAGUUAGUGAGUAGGUAAUGAGGAAUACAUCCUAUAGGGGUUGACAUAUGAGUGGUAGUUGUCCUCAACUGACUGUAGUAGUCUAAUAGGAAUACUAAAGACACAACCCCCUGGCCCAUAAUCACCACUACCCCUCUCUCAGGACUCAUCCCCAUGGCUCUGUGACGCCAACUUUAUCUCUUCUUACUCUCACUGACUUUUUCCUUGAUGUUGAUAAUUAGGGUCAUUUGGCUACUUUGGCUGAUUUGAGUACCUGAACAGGUAAUCAAUACAAAGCAUUUUUCCAUACUGCACAAGCUCAUUAAAUCUGUAUGUGACACCUGUUACCUUUUUCUGUCAAUGUGGUCCCAUCCAUCCUAGGCUUAUUGACGUGGUCUGGACACUGCCCAGAGCCCUAUGAGUCUUGGACUUUACACCAGUGCAACACUACUACUAAUUAAUAUGGAGAAAUAUUGGCUGAUUGGGGCUUUUAAAGGUCCUGAAUUUGGGGUUCUAACUAUUGUUAACCCCACAAAAUGUUGGAAAGCAAUGCUUUGUGACUAUUCAGAAUGGGUGAUGAGUUAAGUUGUUUGUGCCAUUAAUCUUCCUAAAGCAAGCCCAUAAUAACCAGCAGUGAGAUGAAGGGGACUGUGGGGGCAGACGGAGGUGAGAAAGAACAUGGUUGGUUUGAAAAGAGUUUGUUUGAUAGUGAACAAGAUCUAUGAUUUGCUCUCACAAACACAUGUAGUGAAUUGGAAAGGGAUUUCUUUGUCCUGAAAAACUCCAGAAAUCUAUGUGCAUAUUUUAAUCAAUCUCACAAUCCUCAUUAAUUCAUUUUUCUCCACCUUUUGAAAAUCAAGUCCCAUGUGUCUAAAAAGAAACAGUUGAACCUCAAACAAACCUCAUGAAUAAUCUGGCUGAGCUGCUAUUUAAAUUAGACUCCUCUGAUUGUUAGAUGAAUGGAGGCAUGUAGGAAUGGAAUCUCCAAAGAACUCUGAGUAGGGAUCAGACAGGCAGUCCAUUUCUGUCUGGUUUGGUUGUAUUGUAGGGCGCUAUGUGAGGACUGUGAUUUACUGUGAAUCGUGUAAGAAAAGGGUGUUGCCCUACAUUGAGGUCAAGGAGGGUGUAUAAAUCAUGCUAGACUAUGAGAUAGCCCCCUCAGUAACCCACUGGCUGGUUCUGUGUGUGUGUUCCAGGGCGGAGGAGGUCAGCGUGAUCAUGACCAACCUUGAGAAGGCGAACCAGGUGAGUGAGACAUGCCGUCCUGUAGGCAGCACUCUGAUUGAGAUGCUCAUUCAUUACGGUAAUCAAGCCUCCUGUUUAAUUAGACACCCUGCAUCCUGCAGCCCCCGUCCCCCCUGCCUCCCACUCCCCUGCCUCCCCCUCCCUGAGCCCCUGUGAUUAGAGGCGGAAAACCCUGGCCCCCGUCUGUGGGUGCUCCACGGCGCCACGGCAACACUCAAUAGAGGACAGGAGAGACUGCCGAGCGCGAUUGAUGUCGGAGUGCCAUGCGCUGGGGCUCUUACUUACCUCAUUGCCUUGAUUGCUAUCUUUCCUUCCUAGUGAUUUCUAUUCUCUCUCUCCUUAUCUCUAUCAUUUUCCUCUAUUUCCUCUCUCUCUCUCUCUCUCUCUCUCUCUGUCAUUCGCUCUCUAUCCUACCUUCUCUCUCUCUCUCUCUGUCAUUCGCUCUCUAUCCUACCUUUCUCUCUCUCUCUGUCAUUCGCUCUCUAUCCUACCUUCUCUCUCUCGCUCUCUCUCUCUCUGUCAUUCGCUCUCUAUCCUACCUUUCUCUCUCUCUGUCAUUCGCUCUCUAUCCUACCUUCUCUCUCUCUCUCGCUUUCUCUCUCUGUCAUUCGCUCUCUAUCCUACUCUCUCUCUCUGUAAUUCGCUCUCUAUCCUACCUUCUCUCUCUCUCUCUCUUUCUCUCUUUCUCUCUCUGUCAUUCGCUCUCUACCCUACCUUCUCUCUCUCUCUCUCUUUCUCUCUCUGUCAUUCGCUCUCUACCCUACCUUCUCUCUCUCUCUCUCUCUCUCGCUCUCUUUCUGUCAUUCGCUCUCUAUCCUACCUUCUCUCUCUUUCUCUCUCUGUCAUUCACUCUCUAUCCUACCUUCUCUCUCUCUCUCUCUGUCAUUCGCUCUCUAUCCUACCUUCUCUCUCUCGCUCUCUCUCUCUCUGUCAUUCGCUCUCUAUCCUACCUUCUCUCUCGCGCGCACUUUCUCUCUCCGCCAGCAGCUCUUAGAUAAAUGUUCUCAAUAUGAAUCAUUAAUUAGCAGCCAGAGUGUGACAGAGCAGGUAAACAGUUUGGGAAGAAAGUGCGCUGACUAAACAGUCUUCUCAGCAAAAUGGAGUGGUGGGCCUUGUCUCAACCCCCUCCUCUAUUUCUUUUUUUGCUGAGGGUCUGUCCUCAGAUUUAUCUUUCUGUUCUCUUCAGGACCAGUUAAUCUGUAUAUCUGCUGAGUGACUGACAUAUUGGUUGUGUCAGUGUUUUGUUGUGUGAGUUGUAAUGCUGUGAUGUUUGGUUGUAGAAAGCGGAGAUGGCCCAGAGGCAGGUGGAAAGGCUAAAGGAACAGCUGGCCAGUGCCCGGAGCACCACCCCAGGCAGCUAUAAUCCACCAGAGGGCACUAGUGGGGUAAGACGAGACCACAUCCACUUCCUCUUCAGAUCAAUGUGUUCCUCGAUUUAUUCCCCUUCAAAUUCAUUGACAGGGAGUCAAGUCAAGCUUCACAUCAUGGAUCUUUUAAGUGUGUGAAUUCUGGAUGGCAGAAUAUUUGUCUUUUUGAAAAGGGAUGAUCACCUUCCAUUAAUUUACCCUUCAGUGUCUUUUACUCUCUUUGACUUUCUUUCUCUCUCACACCUGGUCUUUCUUUCUUCCACUUAGGAGAGGGAUGAGAAGGGCGAUGUGUUGCCAUCCAAGUUGGAGGCUAAGCUGAUUGCUAAAGACCGAGAGAUCCUCAGGCUGUUGGAGAACGUACAGAGACUGCAGUUCGCAUUACAGGAAGUCCAGGACAUCUCAGCCAAUCAGAUAAUAUCGCUGGAACGCCAGCUGGCCUAUAAAACAGAAUCUAUUGAGGUAUGUCCUAUUGCACACACUCAAAUGGCAAGAGGUUCCUUCUUGUUAGUGGAGUUUAGUGAAAUAUGCUUCCUCUCUUUGACUGUUUCAGAGAUUAGAAGCUAAACUGCAAUCCCAGAUGGACUAUGAAGAGAUUAAAACAGAACUCAGGUGACCCACAGUGCUUAAGAAGAGACUACUAAUCGUAUUACACCAUCUUAUAUACAGGAACACAAUAUAACAUUCUUACUGUGUUUUUUUUCCUCUUGUAGUAUCCUGAAGGUAAUGAAGCUGGCCUCAGCGAAUGGUAGCUCGUCCCAGGUGAGAUAUUUACUGACGGUCUGCUGUGUAUUGCCUGGUUGUUCAUAGCCCAGUAUAAAACAAAGUAGUUUGUUUCUUAACAAAACAGAUUUUUGUUUUCCUCUAAAUGUUCCACUGCAGUCAGGGAAGGAAAAGUACAGCAGUGCCAUUGAAUGUCUCAGUGAGCGUCAUCCGAGCGUCAUCCAUUGUAAGGAUAUCUACAGCCACUAUAAUUGAUACAUCGGAAUUGAACAGCCUGUGUGUGUGUGUGUCACCAGAACUCUGCCAAGGCUGCAGAGGCUCUUUUGCGGGACAAAGAGGCCUUUCUUCCCUCUCACAAAUACCUGAUGGAUAAGGCCAGAGUCUUACGCAACAAUGGUGAGGCAACAGUGUCUAUGGCCUCGAAAGCAGCAAAACCGUGAUGUAUCAUGGGUACAUUGUGACUGACUGAUAUACAAAUCAUAUUCAGUAGUUAUUUAUGAUGCAAGGUGAUUUGUAGAUCAGUGAGUCCGUCUCGACUCGCCUUCUAAGUCAGAUGGAAUGUCGAAUGCGCCCUAUGUCUAUGACAUCUAAUUGUAGUUCUUGAAAGCUGUUUGUAGUGUUUAGACCUGAGUCUGCACAGUGUAUGUAAACUUCAUGUAGUGUCUGUGUUGGUCCUAUGCAGCUGUAACCCCAGUGGCUGUGAAAGUGCUGCCAAACUGAGUGUGACUGUGUCUGCAGAUGAGGACCAAUCGGAGGAGUCAGGCAGGAAGGGGGGCAGGCCCACAGGGUCCUUCUCCUCAGUCUCCCAGGUGGAUGAGCGUACCUCGGCCAGCCCUUGUCCUCCCACCAUGGACAUCUCCUCCUCUAGCCACGACCUCCCCCGCCCCUUUUCUGUGUCCCCCUGCUCAGGGGGCAGGCUGUCUGCGGACCACGUCCUCCACAAGCAGCUCCUCUGCUCCCCACUCUUCAAGAAGGAAGCCGGCAGCCCCAUCAUGGCCUUCCCCACCGCCCUGUACGCAUCCAAAGCCGCCCUAAUGUCAACCAAUCAGGGACCUGCAGGGGCUGGGGGCAUUGAGGCCGGCCUGCCCAGCGACCAAUCAGAGAGUGGGAGCUCCACCGCGGGCGAUGAUGACCAGUUGGAGACAGCGGAUAUUGCCUUCCAGAUCAAAGAGCAGCUGCUGAAGCACAACAUUGGCCAGCGUGUGUUUGGUCACUACGUGCUGGGCCUAUCACAGGGCUCGGUCAGUGAGAUCCUGGCCCGGCCCAAGCCCUGGAGGAAGCUGACAGUGAAAGGCAAGGAGCCAUUCAUCAAGAUGAAACAGUUCCUGUCUGAUGAACAGAACAUCCUGGCCCUCAGGACCAUCCAGGUCCGACAGAGAGGUGAGUUGGUCUGGACUGGACAGUGGUUAUCCUAAACCACAGAUAUGACAGCAGAUCACUGGGUGUGUCAGGAAAUACUGGACAGGAUCACAGUGCCCAGCCAUGAAAACUCACUUUCUAAACUGAAAGAAUUGCAGGCAUUCAUUUAAAAGUGUUUAAUAGGUGAAAACUAAAGGUUGUCUUCAGAGGUAUUGCGGUAGCAGUAUUUUUAUUUGAGGAUUUUAUUAGUGCUGUGGGAUAGAGCAGAGUUGGCCACUCGGUCUCUCAUGUGUUUUAUUUUUGAAAGGCUGGUGGUUUAGUUUCUCUGCGUUUAAACCUUUUAAUCCCCUUGGCCCGCACCUCAAACUUCUUCAUGGCUUCCUCUCCCAUGUUUGUUGUGUUACUUUUAAACUUAGUUUUCUCCCCAAAUUUCAGUGCUUUUUAAAGUUGAGCUUGCCGUAUACUGCAACCUCAGAUGCCAAGAUCUCAAAGGCAGCCAUUGAUCUAACAGUCAAAAACAAGGCCUUGGAACUGCCCUCUGAUCAGCCAUCCCACUCACUCACCUCCUCUCUCUGAUACCCUCUCUGUGGCAGGGAGCAUCACUCCUCGCAUCCGAACUCCUGAAACUGGGUCAGACGACGCCAUCAAGAAUAUCUUGGAGCAGGCCAAGAAGGAGAUCCAGUCCCAGAGAGGGUGGGUCUGGAACAGGUUAUGCAUCUACUCUUUAUUCAACUGUGCUAGGUCAGGUGACAUUUAGAUUAGCAUUAUUUUGGUGUAUACCUUUUGAGAGCAAUUUGUUUUGAUGGCAGUUUAAGUUUUUGAAGUUGGUGUGGAGUGUGUAUUCAUAGAGUUGUAUGUUGUGACUGUGUGUGGGGUGUGUGUGUGUGUGUAAUGCGCUCUGCAGGUGACAUUAAGUCAUCCCUGGGCAGCCCCUCAGGCAGGAGCAUUAACGGGGCGGGCGGCAGCUCAGAUGACACCAUCAAGAACAUCCUGGAGCAGGCCAGGAGGGAGAUGCAGGCGCAGCAGCAGGCCCUGAUGGAGAUGGAGGUCUGUAGCAGGGCCUCGGCCACCACCACUGGGUCCCAAGUGAAGCGCCUGGGGCUCCCUGAGCCCUCCAAGGGCCUGCCCCUACCCACCUUCAUCAAACAGGAGGAUGGGGGCACGGUGACCGUGUGCAUGGCCAACCCCGUCAGCAGCCCCCAAACCCCCCUCAGUGUCAUCUCCCCCGCCGCCUUCGUCCAGAACAUCAUCCGUAAAGUCAAGUCGGAGAUCGGCGAGGCAGGGAUUUACUUCGACCAGCACUGGUCCGUGGAGCGGGGGCCCAUAGGCAUGGUGGGCGGCGUAGGGGGCAGCAGCUCUCGGCCCUUCACCUCAGUGUCUCCCUCCCUGUCCUCCUCCUCGUCCUCGGGCCCCUCGGCUCUGCCCCGGCCCCAGUUGGAGAACGGAGAGAGUCUGCCCAACAGUGAGGAGGCGUCUGCGGCCGAGGAGGACACUGGCUCGGGGAUGAUGCAGUCUGUGGAGGUGAAGGUGGAGUCAGACGUGUCAGUGAGCGGAGAGUCGACCGGCCCUGGCCGUGGCCUGGCCUACUACCCAUCAUACAUCCCCCGCACCCUGAAGCCCACCGUGCCGCCACUGACGCCCGAACAGUAUGAGAUGUACAUGUAUCGCGAGGUGGACACCAUCGAACUCACCCGACAGGUCAAAGAGAAGCUGGCCAAGAAUGGCAUCUGUCAGAGGAUCUUUGGUGAAAAGGUGUUUGUUCACUUUACUUUGCUGUCCUAACUUCCUUACUUCCUUGUUUUGUCUGUCCAUUGUUUUGGAUGUCUCUUUUAUGCCUUGUAGCAUCAUACAACUAAGUAAUUAGCAAGGCUUCUUUUUAAGUAAAAGAUUAUUAAAGAUAGUUCAUUCUUGAUCACGUGGGAGCAAAGGUGUUUAUUUCUAUAGAUUGCGUGCUACCGUCCUCUAGUGGUUGUAUAUAUGCAACACUUAAAAUAGUAAUGUGGUGAUGUUGUGCCAGUCACUUUUGUUACAUCUCAAACUGAUUUUCGUCUUUAUCAACUUGAGAUUCAUAUUCACAUUAGAAAUAGCUCUUUACUAUUUACUCCUGUUUACUGAGCUGUUUACUCAAUUUUACUUGCUGACUUGCUGUUUCUGGUGUCCUCCCCAGGUGCUGGGUCUGUCUCAGGGCAGUGUGAGUGACAUGCUAUCUCGGCCCAAACCCUGGAGCAAGCUGACCCAAAAAGGCAGGGAGCCCUUUAUCCGCAUGCAGCUGUGGCUGCUGGACCAGCUGGGACAAGGACUCACCCAGCUCCCCAGCCAGAGCCUCUCUCAAGGUGGGCCACUCCACAUCACACUGCAACUUGGACACAUCUAUUUUAUAGAAGUAAUACUUUGUAUACUUUUAAGUUAUGGUCAAAUCAGUUGAAUAGAGAAGGUCUCUUUGCUUCUUUAUCUGUUGCUCUAACUGAUGAUAUGGACCUCUGACUUCCGCCCAUAGAUAAAAGCCCAGUGACGGCCCAGUCGUCGCCCUCCCCGCCCCCCAGCCCAGAGGAGAGCCACCCCAGCCCACUGGUGGAGCCUGUCAGCCUGACCCUGGAGAGCAGCAAGGAGAACCAGCAGCCUGAGGGCCUAGUGGCCCCCCGCCCAGAGGGAGGGAAGUCCACCCCCAGUCUGCUGUCCCUCCACCAGCCCCACACCCCGCUGGGCAUCCAGGAGCUGGUGGCCAUGUACCCAGAGUUGGACACAUACGCUAUCACCAAGAAAGUCAAGGAGGUACUAACAGACAACAACUUAGGUGAGUCUGUUGGUGUCACUGGAUAUGGGUUUUAGAAAUGAGUGUCUAUGUUGUGGUGAGUUAUUGAUAUGUGUUGUGGUUUUGUCUGACCACCUGACUAGGAAAAACCCUGAGUCUUAGUUAUGGCAUGUGUCCACUAGGUCAGCAGUGUUUAAACAUAUCUACUUUGUGUGCUCUGUUUGGGGAAAUGUGUGUCAAGGUGUGUGUUGUUUACACCGUUGUUUGUGUGUGUGCGCUAGGCCAGCGGCUGUUUGGGGAGAGUAUACUGGGCCUCACCCAGGGCUCAGUGUCAGACCUGCUCUCCAGGCCCAAGCCCUGGCACAAACUCAGCCUCAAAGGCAGGGAGCCUUUCGUCCGCAUGCAAUUGUGGCUCAACGACCCGCACAAUGUGGACAAGCUGAGGGACAUGAAGAAGAUGGAGAAGAAAGGUUGGUCUAUUUACAGCAUGUUAUCUGGUGUUCUGUUAUCAGGGUUUGCAUGUUAGCAGUAUGUGUAUUUACUGUACCUGCUCAUGUACCCAUGGAUGGAUGUACAGCAGCUAUACUGUGUGAUGUACUGAUUCAUGUUAUUCCAUGCGUCAUCAUUGAAUUCUCUAUAACUCUUUCUCUCUCUGUGUUGUCCUCCCAGCCUAUCUGAAGCGGCGGUAUGGGCUGCUGAGUACCGGCUCAGAUAGUGACUCUCCCAGCGCACGCUCUGAGUGUGUGAGCCCGGCCCUGGCCUCCAUAGACCUGUGUCCCUACAGCCAGGUGAAGAAGCCCAGGGUGGUGCUGGGGGCUGAGGAGAAGGAGGCUCUGAGGAAGGCCUACCUCCUGGAGCCAUACCCCUCCCAGCACACCAUCGAGAUGCUGGCCUCCCAGCUCAACCUCAAAACCAAUACAGUCAUUAACUGGUUCCACAACUACAGGUCAGACAUGGCAUCAGAUCCCCACCCCCAGAGAGAAUAAUUACAUUUGAUCAAUACAGUACAUGGAAUUACUAACGGAAUACUUGGAUGCUUGUUUUGGAUGAAUGAAAUACAUGACUCCUUCUAACUGUUCAUUUGAUUGUUGUGUUUUUCUAAGCAGGUCCAGGAUGCGACGAGAGGUCCUCAUGGAGGGUCUCCAGGACAACGACACGGACGCAGAACACCACAGCUACUCUCCCUCGGCCACACAGAGCCCCACCUCAGAUGGGGAUGAGAGGGGGCUGCUGCACCCCUCUGGACGCACCCACCCCAUCCGUCCCCUCAGCGCCAACACACCACUGCCUCAUGUCAAACAGGAGGACGAGGGAGAGGAGGAGGAGAGGGACGGCUACAUCAGACAGUCUAAGAUCCAGUGUUUCUCUAUGGGCGUCCAGUUCCCUCAGUUGAAAACAGAGCAUGAGGACCUGAUAGGUGGCUGCCAAGAGCUCCACCUGGCUCCACACUAUCCUCAGAGCCUGAGGCAGGAAGAAGGGAUGAGUAGCCAGGCUCAGGGGCUCUUCCACGGGGCGCUCUCCCUAGAUGGCCCCCAGAGAGCCAGUCAGUCCAGGCAUGAGGGUGACAACUCCAGCAAGUCUCCUGUGGACCCGGUCAGUUUCAAGGCAUCAUCGGUGCCCUGCCGCAGAAGCCUGGAGGUCUCCCUCAACUCCCCCUCCGCUGCCUCCUCACCCGGCCUCAUGAUGUCUGUGUCCCCUGUCCCGUCUUCCUCUACACCCAUCUCCCCAUCCCUGCCCAACCCACCUACCACAAGCACCAACCACAGCCUGGACCCUAACCCCCUGCCUCCCAUCCAGAGCCCCAAGCCCAACAGGAGUGUUCAGAGACGCACCGAGAAAAUGGCCAACCUCAACAACAUCAUCCAUAGGCUGGAGAGAGCAGCUAACCGGGAGGAGACCCUGGAGUGGGAAUUUUAGGCCCCACCCUCCCUCCACAUUUCCUCAGUCCUGCUGACUCACACCGCACAUGGGAGACUAUCAAAGAGAAGCUUCCGGAACACAUGGAGUGGAGCCUGGCUCCUCAAGGCCUGUCCUCCCUGUCUGAUCACACUAAAUAA